AUGAGGAAUCUCUCGGUGGUGACUGAAUUCAUCCUGCUGGGCAUCCCGCACACGGAGGGUCUGGAGACUAUGCUCUUGGUCCUGUUUUUGUCCUUCUACAUCUUCACCCUUAUGGGGAACCUGCUCAUCUUGCUGGCUAUUGUCUCCUCCACUCAGCUUCACAUGCCCAUGUACUUCUUCCUGUGCAAGCUGUCUGUUUUUGACAUAUUUUUCCCUUCUGUGAGUUCCCCUAAGAUGCUGUGCUAUCUUUCAGGGAACAGCCGAGCCAUCUCCUAUGCAGGCUGUGCAACCCAGCUCUUCUUCUACCAUUUCCUGGGCUGCACCGAGUGUUUUCUGUACACGGUGAUGGCCUACGACCGCUUCGUUGCCAUUUGUCAUCCUCUACACUACACCUUAAUCAUGAGCCACAGAGCGUGCAUCAUCCUAGCCAUGGGGACCUCAUUCUUUGGCUGCAUUCAGGCCACCUUUCUGACCACUCUCACCUUCCAAUUGCCUUACUGUGGCCCCAAUGAGGUGGACUAUUAUUUCUGUGAUAUCCCAGUCAUGCUGAAGCUGGCUUGUGCAGAUACCUCAACCCUGGAGAUGGUGGGGUUCAUCAGUGUGGGCCUCAUGCCCCUCAGCUGUUUCCUUCUCAUCCUCACCUCCUACAGCUGCAUCAUUUGCUCCAUCCUGCAGAUCCGCUCUGCCGAGGGCCGACGCCAUGCCUUCUCCACCUGCAGCGCCCACCUCACUGCCAUCCUUCUGUCCUUUAUGCCAGUGGUUCUCAUCUACCUGCAGCCCACCCCCAAUCCCUGGCUUAAUGCAACAGUUCAAAUCCUGAAUAACUUGGUCACCCCCAUGCUGAAUCCUUUGAUCUAUAGUCUGAGAAAUAAGGAAGUUAAAUAUUCUCUGAGACAGGUUCUGCAGCCAGUAGCUUUCCUUCCUGGGAGGUGA